UAUAUUGAUAUAUUUGUGAUUGAUAUAUUGAUGUAUACAUAUAUACAACAUAUACAUAAUCUUGUAAAUAGCUUACUGAAUUUUGUAUCAGUGGUUGGCAUCACUACUUAACAACUAGUUAAGCUAACUAGUCACUGUGAGCCCGGGCCUUAACUCCAGUGGUGGGGAUAAGUCAAAAUAUGGUAGCAUUUCAUGGGCGCUGUUCGCACUAUGGUCGAAUGGCCAAUUCAUGAAUAACGCGUGUGUCAAAGUUCGUUUACGUUGUUUGUUGUGAAUCGUUGUGUCAAAGUUGUGAAAUCAUGUCUAAGGUGUGUUGUAUUAUGAAUUGUGGGAGUAAAUAUUCUAAUUUGGGUCCGAAUAAAAGUAUGUUCCACGACGUUUCGAAGUACAGCACACGUAGUUUAUGAAUUGGCCGUUCGACCAUACUGCGAACAGUGCCCAUAAAAUACGACCAUAUUUUAGCCUACCCCCACCACUGAUUUAAGCAGGAGUUGAGUCUCCUGGUCUCUAGUCUUCUUGAGUGGGAUCUGACCGAACCAGACGAAAAUGCUGGUUGUUUUCUUUGUGAACGCGGUACACAUACACAUACAUAUACAUAUAUACACAUUUAUUUAUUUAUGGUAUAUCUGCGCUAUAAUAGUAUCUGUAAGUGUAGAAAGAGAAAGAGAUUCUGUGUUUUUAUCGAACGAAAUCAUGUAAAAUAAUGACAUUAUAUAUUUGUAGAAAUAUAACAAGAAAGUUGGACAAAUUAUUAAAACAACGGAUAAACAUCAUGCCUUCAAAGCCACCUUUGUUUCCGCUGCAAUCAAUUCAACAAGUAAAAGAUUUUGAUAAUAUUUCACAGGAAGAGUACGAAAAUGUUGUUCAGUAUCUACAUUUUAUAGGCGGCUACACUUUACAUGAAGCAAUAAAAUAUUGCAUGAAAGAAGCGGUGACUGAUGAAACCAUUAAUAAUUAUUCGGUUUGGGGGGAGCAGAAAAAUAUCCCAUUAUUCGAUACAAAAUUAAUGAAAGCAGUGUAUGAUGCUGUAUGUUUGAAUUCGCACUUUGCAAAUCCAUUGAGGGAUGAUUUUUUCCGAGAGGUAGCGGAAGCGAUACGUAUUGGAAAACAAAGACACCGAAAUAUAGUGAAAAGAGGUAAUAAAGAGCAAAGAGGACGACGCCAGCGAUUGCGACACGAAGCAGAAAAUUAUUUAUGUGGCGAGCCUCAGAAUGCACACAAUGUGGACGAUGCUGAUGAUGACAAUUACAACUGAGAAAUUCUUGAUAUUAAUAUAUUUUAUUUUAUAUAAGUUUAUUAUGUCAAAUUUGUUUUUUUGGGUUCUGUAAAUUUUGAUUUGUUUUUUUUGUCAUCUCACGUUACUGUAAUGUAAGGUCCGUAUCGGUAAGAAAAAACAUAUAUAAUGUAUUGCGAAGUGCCGGAACAUACAAUAUUUAACUC